UGAUUACUAAACAAAAGACUGGACCGAAUCUAUGAACGCCGGUGAGCCGUCGGAAUCAACCGGUUGCGUCCAUUCAAAUGAGCACGCAUAUAAGACAAUCGGUAUAGAUCACGCCAGUCGGUCUUUGCUUGGUCUCUUGCCGUAUACGUGUAGGUGCGAGCGGACCCAGUCUCAUGCAUGCGACUCCUGCCUAAUUCUUCUUCAACCGAUCGAUCCCCUGGUGGUUAAUUGCUGCCAAAAUAUUAUUGCCCCACGAUAAAUUGGCAGAUUUGGGCACACAUAUACGGAAGCAAACACUUCCCUUAUCUGGAUUGAUGGCCUAUUUAUUUCAUUAAUUGCUUAUUUGUCUGUAUAGCUACAUAUAGGUGUGUCACUCCCUUGCUAUGCGUGCAUUAAUCAAAAUAUAUACUACUACGAGACGCUCUCCCCUAUCGUUCCAGGGAUUAUUUUCCUAGCUAUCGGUUCUUUGCUCUCUACUCAAUCCGGCCACUGCUAAGAAGAUGAAGGCGAGGAUUCGUGCCGUGAGGCCUUGGCUGCCUCUUGCUCUUCUUCUCCUCGUCCUCGUCCUCAGCUGCGUGGCGCAGGCGGCAGUCAACGAGCAAGCCAACGGCGGCGGCAGGAGGAGAAGGAGGAGCCCCCGGCGUUCCACGGCGGCGGCCGACGGGAUGGUGCCUAUCACCCUCCUCAAAUCCGCCGCAGAGAAGGGAGCCGUGUGCAUGGAUGGGACACCUCCCGCGUACCACCUGGACCCGGGCUCCGGAGCAGGCAACAACAGUUGGAUCGUCAACCUUGAGGGAGGCGGGUGGUGCAACAACGCUCGGACGUGCAAGUUCCGCACGCGCACCCGCCACGGCUCCUCCGACUACAUGGAGCGCCACAUCACAUUCAGCGGCAUCAUGAGCGCCAGCCCCGCCUCUAACCCUGACUUCUACAGCUGGAACCGGGUGAAGAUUCGCUACUGCGACAGCGCGUCUUUCGCCGGCGACAACUUCGACAAGGGCACCGGGCUCUAUUUCAGAGGCCAGCGGAUCUGGGACGCCGCCAUCCAACACCUCCUCUCCAUUGGAAUGGCAUCGGCUGAUCAGGUGCUCCUGACGGGCUGCUCCGCCGGUGGCCUGGCGGCGAUACUGCAUUGCGACCAGUUCAGCGCCUUCUUCGCCGGCAAGAACACCACCGUCAAGUGCCUCGCCGACGCAGGCCUCUUCCUCGACGCACUGGAUGUCUCCGGGGGCCGCAGCUUGAGAUCCUACUACGGCGAAAUCGUAGCCAUGCAGGAAGUGGCCCGGAACCUGCCGCCCAGCUGCACCGGUCAUCUCGACGCCACCUCGUGCUUCUUCCCUCAGAACGUAAUCGACAGCAUCAAGACCCCCAUCUUCCUGCUAAACGCAGCCUACGACGCCUGGCAGAUCGAGGAAAGCCUGGCCCCAAACAGAGCUGACCCCAGCGGUGCGUGGCGAGCCUGCAAGUACAACCGCUCAGCCUGCGACGCGUCUCAGAUCAAGUUCCUGCAAAGUUUCAGGGACCAGAUGGUGGCAUCCGUGAAAGCCUUCUCCGGUUCCAGGAGCAACGGGCUCUUCAUCAACUCGUGCUUCGCCCACUGCCAGUCCGAGCUGCCGGCCACCUGGAACGACGCCCCUGGCUCCCCUGCAGUCCAGAACAAGGGGAUCGCGAAAUCAGUGGGCGACUGGUAUUUUGGCCGGGCUGAAGUGAAGGCCAUCGAUUGCCCCUACCCCUGCGACAACACAUGUCGUCACAUCAUAUGAUAUAUGGUGAUACAAGAAGACCCUGCUGACUGCAAGAGCUCGAGCGCUCUCUCUCUCUGUGUUCAAAUUGUUAAAGCACCUAUUGCCCAAUUGGCGAAGGCGUGCAGAAUCAGAACUCGAAGUUUGUUAGAAAUGAAAAUUCAUUAUUCCUUUGGUGCAUUUACAGUCAAGUUCGAUAACCCUA